GUUAACACCAACAGAAAAUGCAGCCCUGCUAAUGUAAAGUUAAUACUUUCCGUGUUUUAAAAGGUAUUUGUUUUAUUUUCAUUUCCUUAUAAAGGGUGAUCAUGUUUACUUUCGACUAUUGUAGUGAAUUCGUUGGAAGCCUGGGUGUAAGCUGCGUGCCAUUAAUGCCAUUCAUUCAGUACACUGCUGAAUGUCUGCAGAGGUAAAUGGAAGUCUGGAGCAAGAAUACUCUGGGGAUUAAUUAUGCACUAUCUAAAAGGUUUAUCACUCGCAUCGUGGUGAUGGCAUGAUCAGCAAGCCUGCGCCGGAACAACACGAAAAGCAAAACAGAAGUACAAAGCACGCCCACAUCAUGAUGUCAUUUUGAUAGUGCGAGCUGCUCAUACAUGGUAAACCUCAGCGGCCUCCCCCACAUGUCAAUGCCUAAAAUUACCUCCGGCACAACAGCUGAGCCCCUGCACUCUCUUUCUCUCUGUUUCUGCCUCUUCUUUCUCUAUCGCGCUCUCUAUCCCUGUCGCUUGCUUUAUGUGAACAUGACUCGGUUCAGUUAUGCGGAAUAUCUCUCGUUGUUCCGUUCCAGUGGUGUGAAGAGUCACCGGCAGGGUUUUGACAGCGGAGCGCGGUGCGAGAACCACGGUGACGUCACGGCAGCUUCAUCACAGGAGCCCAUAAUGCUGGCAAUUAGGAGAGGUGAUGUGCAGACAGUGACUGAAUUAGCAACAUCUGUAUCAUGCAUCCAAACCCAUAGUGCAGUGGAAGAUUGGACAGCCCUACAUGAAGCAGCGUAUUAUGGCCAAGAUGCCUGUGUAAAAGCUUUACUUAAAGUUAAACCCACUUCAGUAGAUAAACGCACUCUCCAGGAGCAGACUGCACUUCUAAUUGCAGCUGAUGGGAAGCACCUGGAGUGUGUGAAGUGUCUUCUGGAGGCAGGUGCAGACCCAGAUAUCAGCAAUAAAAACAAAGAGACACCACUUUAUAAAGCUUGUGAAAAUGAGAGCAUUGACAUAGUGAGGAUGAUCCUGGCCUUUGGAGGUUCCGUAAACCAGCGCUGCCAUCGUGGCCAGACAGCUCUCCAUGAAGCAGUGAGACGGGGGAACAUACAGCUCUGUGAGGCUCUUCUUCAGGCCAGAGCUGCCAUUGAUGCCACCAAUGCUUACGGUGUCACUGCACUUAUAGAGGCAGCUCGGCAUGGCAGCACAAAGAUUGUGAACUACCUCAUUAGUAAAGGUGCUAAUGUGAACCUACAAUCAUGUGAAGGGACCACGGCUCUGAGCGAGGCCUGUAAACAUGGUCAUAUAGACACAGUCGACUUGUUGCUCAGACAUCAUGCAGAUGCCAACAAAGGCUCCCAAACUGGACUUCUGCCUUUGCACAUUGCUGCUCAGCAUGGCCAUGAAGACAUUGUGUCCUUACUGCUGCCUGUCACUAGCCGUGCGAAGAUACGACAAAGUGGCAUCACUCCCCUUCAUCUGGCAGCUGAGUUCAACCAGGAAAAUGUUGUCAAAUUCUUGAUAAAGUCAGGCUGUGACGUGAACACAAGGAUGUCCCAUGAACGCUCAUCCAUGUUUCAUGACCACCGUAACACAGCUCUGUACUGUGCGGUCACAGCUGGUAAUGCACGAGUUGUUGAGUUGUUGCUCGAAGCUGGUGCAAACCCCAACCUGGACCCGCUUAGCCCACUGCUAGUCGCACUACGACAGCGCUGUUUUAGGACUAUAUACACACUGGUGGAACAUGGAGCAGAUGUUAAUGCUCAUGUACCUGCUCAUCCCACUGAUUUUCCAGGAGUACUGUUGUAUUCCCAUAGCAUGGGAAUUUUACAGUAUCUAUUGGACAAUGGAUGUAAAGCACAGGAAUGCUUCAGGUGUGACCAUACAGACAGCAAACAACCUACUAACCAAAGCAGAAGGGUGUACACAAGACAAAGGACUCACUCAGUGACAGGAAAUACGUUUUCAUCCCAAUCAAUCUGUACGGAGUCAGCAACCAGAAAUCUACAGUUUUGUGAGUGGAUUUCCUCUGUAAGUCAUAUGGCUGCACCUCUUAUCACCUUGCUACUGGAUUAUGUUGGAAAUGUCCAACUCUGUUACAAACUCAUUGAACAAUUAAAAAGCACAAAACAGUGGAUUGCCAUUAAGGAAAAAGCAUCCUCUCCUCGUCCACUGAUGCAUCUGUGCAGGCUGAAGGUUCGUGAGCAAGUCGGGGCCCAGAGACUAACCUUUCUAAAUACUCUUCCACUACCAGGCAGACUGCUCCAAUAUCUGUGCUGUUCACAGGACAGCACUACAGAAUAUACAGUCCUAAACCUUGGGUCAACACACACAUAAAUUGGUUACUUGAGAUUUCUAUCUUAGCUUUUUUUGGACAGAGGUGUUUUUGUGAUUGUGCACACAGCUUUUUUUUAUAUAUUUAUAAGAAGAGAUGAGAGAUCAAAUUUUAGUUACUUCUAAUUUAUGAAAAAAUAGUAGGUAUACAAUUAUUAUCCACAAUACUGAAAAGAGAUGAUCUACAUACUAGUAAUUGAAAUCAUUACACUGGAACACAGAGACUGAACAAGCAUCAUGUGUUGUGACUAAAAAAACAGCAGUAACUCAUCAUGUAAAGUCUCCUAAGUGAAAAUGAUAUCAUUAUCAAUCAUGUGAUGUGUGUGUUUUCGGGUUAGUACUCUUCACCACAUCAUGGGCCCUACAUCAAGCCAUUCUUAUUGAAGUGCGUGAAUUUUACAGGUAAAACUGUACUGAAUUCUUAAUGUGAAUAUCCUUGUUCAGAAGUUUCCUUGAUGUGUUCUUUAGAUGGGAUUUACUGUAUUGAUGAUAUCUGGAUUUAUGCACUGACAAGUACAAGAUGAAAAUAUUAUAGGACGUGUGAGGAAAGCGUACAUAAAUUCAAACUGUGAAAAUGAACACACAAUAUUAAAGUCAUAUUUUUUAAUUGUUUUGUUGAAA